AUGGUCACCUGCUUGAAGUGCACCAGAUUUGUCACCCAGGUCGAGUUUGGUUGGUGCCGUGAAUGUCUUAAUUUCGUUGGCCUUAUGCCUGGAAAUAUGGCUAACCAGUUACCCAGUCAACCAGCAAAUCAUUACAACAUCAUCCCUCCAGCCCCCACAUCGUCCAUACUCCAAGUGCCUCCCGCGAUUCCAACUCCACCAGCAGCUAGUUUGGCCCAGUGCGCUGGUACCAAUGCGUAUUUACGCAACGUUGGCAAGGCAAAACGUACAAAAAACCCGGCUCCAACCCCUUACUCCAGAAACCCAAAACCCUCAACAUCGGCACCACCAGCUGAAAGUCCGAUCCGAAUGUUUAAAUGUGGGAUCUCGUUCUUCCAGGACGAAAAGCUGAAGAAGACUGGAAUGAUGAGCUAUAUGCAGAAUAUAGACACAAGCAUUCCAAAAUUAUACGAGACCCUUCAACACCAAUUAUGGCUGUUGUUCUCUCCCGAGCUACUACGCAAAGGAUUGGUUGAAUCGCUUCCUAGCAUCGUGGUUGACAAAAGUUGA